AUGAGGAAGGCCGUCAACCAAGAGUUAACAAAGAGAUUCAAUACAGGCUACAUAUUUCGCAGCAGUGAGCAAAUGGUGAGAGCCAACAAAGCCAUGUUGAACGCUUUUGGCUGGUCCUGGAUGAGAAGCGAUGGUUUCAACAAGAUUAUGAAGGAAGCCAAAGAGGUUUAUGACGAGGAUAUGUAUCGCUUCUAUAAGCACAUGUUUGGUCUGGCUUAA